AAUUUCAAUUUAUUAAAAACAAUCGAAACGAGACCGGUUGAACUUAGAUCUCGUGGAAAAACCCGUCCCGGUUCCUUGAUCUUGUGCGAGUCCUACAGAACACAGAAAACGGGAAAACAAUGGAGAGCAACGGUCAACAAGAGAAGACGAAAACAGUAAGCAAGGACCAAGUUAUUGCUAAACUCAAGGACGACGGCGACUUCGAUAAUCUCCGUCUCAAGAUCAUCCGCAAGGUUAAAGACAAUCAGGAAGAAUUGCGCAAUAGCAUUAUUUCCAUUGUGAGGCAGUCAGCAGCUCUUAACCGUCCAGGGGCCGAGAACAUGAAGCCCAGGCAACUUUUGGAUGCCAUAUAUGAUGAGGUUGGGAACAAAAUGAUGAGCAAGCUUUCUGAUGGCGUGUGGGAAAUAAUUAGAUCAGGUGAUGGCAUGAAAAAUGAAAUAACUGAGACUGUACAAUCUGUCCGUAAUAAGUUGGUGGAGCCUGAAAGGAAGGAGAUGGGUGAAUCUUCCACUCAUGGUGUAGUGCUGGUUCAUAAUGAAGCUGACAAUAAGAGCCUUGUCAAGGCCUCAACUGUUGCAGUGGAUGGUAACUUGUCCAAUGGUGAGCCACAAGAACCGCCAGGAUUCUCUCUCUCCAUUAAUCAUCAGAACAACCAUGAAUCUAGAGAGGAGUUGCAGCAGCCUAUACAUUGCCAAGGACCUGAGGAAGAACAGAAAGAAGGGUUUAACCACUCAAAAGAUAGGCUGGAGGCUGAUGAUGUUGGUCCUAGUUCACCACCUGGCUUUUCUGCAGAUAUUGUGCACAAGCAGCCAACUGAUGAUACUGAUGAGGAUCCUGAUGUGCCUCCUGGUUUUGGUUGAUGAGUCGGAUUAAGUGCAGUGUGGUGACACUAUUCUCAAUGUUUGAUGGCGAUCAUGUGAUAAUGAUUUAGCUAUGAAUACUGCUGGAGAUACCUUUUCUCUCCAUAGAAGCUUGAAAUGGGCAAAACUUGAAGAUUGGAUGAUUUUGGUAUUUCUCAUGCUAUGGGGUUUUCUUUGAUUCAGAUUAUUUUCUUGGAGCUUUUCUGGGAAAAAAAAAUAUAAAAUUCUGAUUUUUACGGGGUUAUUCUCAUUGGAUUCUUGCAUUAUAGAAAAUUCUAUAGGAGGUCAUUGAUAAAGUGCAAAAGUACUUGUCCCCUGGAUUUUGAUUCAUUACUGUGUAGUCUCAUUUUCAUUUAUAUUCAUAUCUUGUACUGUUAUUUCAAUCAAAAUAUUACCAAUGGGCAAUGGCUGAAAACUAUUCAUAUUUUGUGCCAGAAAUAGAGUAUCUUUAUACAAAAUUGCCCAUUUUUGUAUAAGCUAAAAUUCUUGAUAUUUCAUUCUUUUUUACUCUGUUUCUGGGACUUU